UUAAUGUCUAAUUUCAAAGUGUAUAUUUACUAAAGACAUUCAACGUUGAAUUAGCAAACAUUACGGAAACAAUCGUGUACAAAAAAAACCGAACAAAUUAAAGCAAAUAUUGGGCGUGUGCAUCUAUAAAUGUGGUCCCCUAAAAUGCAAAAUAGCAUAGCCAUAGGAAGCUAUUUUUAGGCUCGAAUGAACGAACCUUUUUCUCCACAUGUUUGAUUUAUCUUUGCAAUGUAAAUCCAAUAAUAAUGGUGGAAAAGCAAUUAAUAUGACAUAUAAUGUCACUAUAGUUUAGGUACGUCGCUUGUUUCGAUUGCUUGCUAAUUAGUUAGCUAGUUAACGUUACACCCAGGACUUGUUUACAUCAUCCAGUAUCAUGGACAGGGAGUCUUAUCAUAACUGCUGCAGCCUCGUUAAAAUAUCAAGGCAAUCCUAUGAACAAUUUUGUUCUUCGCACUUUGUGGAUUACAUAGAGAAGGAUUUGAGCUAUUCCAAAUUCUUUAAAAAGUACUUACUUCCUAACCACCCAUGCAUGUUCUCGAGGAAAUUUACUGAAGACUGGAAAUGUAGGAAACAGUGGGUCACUGAAGAGGGGAAGCCAAACUUCCAGAAACUGCUGCAGCAAUUUGAUGAGACUCCGGUUCCAGUUGCAAACUGCAAUGCGAAAGAAUACAAUGCAAACCCCAAACAAAUUAUUCCUUUCAAGGAAUUUAUUCACUACUGGAGAGAGUACAUACAGAAUGGACACUCAUCACCAAAAGGAUGUCUCUAUCUGAAAGAUUGGCACAUGUCAAGGGAUUUUCCUGAACACAAUGUUUACACUACCCCAGUCUUCUUUUCCUCUGACUGGCUUAAUGAGUAUUGGGAUACUUUGGAGGUGGAUGACUACCGGUUCGUCUACAUGGGACCCAAAGGCUCAUGGACGCCAUUCCACGCUGAUGUGUUCCGCUCCUACAGCUGGUCAGCGAACAUCUGUGGCAGGAAGAAAUGGCUCCUGUAUCCCCCAGGCCAAGAAGAGUUUCUACGAGACAGCCAUGGCAACCUUGCUUAUGACGUCACUGCCCCUGAGAUUCGAGACAAGGUGCAAUUCCCACACUGUGAUGAGGCCUGUCAACCACUAGAGAUCAUUCAGGAAGCAGGGGAGAUCAUAUUUGUGCCCAGUGGUUGGCACCAUCAGGUUUAUAAUUUGGAAGACACCAUCUCCAUCAACCAUAACUGGCUGAAUGGCUGCAAUGUGGACAUUAUGUGGCAGUUCCUUCAGAAUGAGCUGUCUGCUGUCCAGAGGGAAAUAGAGGAAUGGAGGAACACUAUGGAUUCAUGGCAUCAGCACUGCCAGGUUAUCAUGAAGUCCUGCUCUGGGAUUGAUUAUGGGGAGUUUGCCACUUUCCUGAAGAUUAUCGCUGACAACCGCAUGUCCUUCUUGAGUUCUUGCUCCGAGAACAACUCCUCAAAUUACCCACGUCAUCUUUCAGAGACCCUGGCCACAUUGGGGCUUCACCAUGCUGCCUUUGACCUACAGAGGGUGGCUCACAUUCUAGAAUGCAUGCUCUGCAAUGAAGACUUCAAGAGACUUGAUCAUUCAACUCUGAGCUCACAACCUGAAAGUUUGCUGCAGCAGAUUCGAGAGACCAUGCUCUCCACUAGAGGGCAGCACUCCCUUUACCAGGAAUAGGCCAACCAGUAUCCUUUAUGAGCAGCUUUAUCAAUACAUUUAGUUGAUAAGGCUUUGGUUUCAGAGGUAGCCUGAUGUUAUCUUGACCCCCCCCCCCCUCCAAAAAAAAAAAGUCAUCCUGUGUGAGCUUUUGGGUGUUUUUUUAUGUUGUGAAUGAGAUGUUGAUAAAAUGACAAAUGUCCAUA